UGAGAGAGUUGGAGCUCGACAUGGCUGCCUCUUACCGUGUGGAGCCAAACCAGUCCAGAGUGGUGGUGCUGUUACUGGGAGAGAAACAAAGUGGGAAGAGCUCGGCAGGAAACAGAAUCCUGGGGAGACCGGCCUUUCAAAAGAAAACAACUCGCAGCUCCAAAGCCAACGGCUGCGUCUGCGGAAUACAAGUGGCGGUGGUGGACACCCCGGGGUGGCCCCCCCGCUCCGUCGCUCCUCACAGAGUAUCUGAGGAGCUGAGCAGAGCUCUGACCCUCUGCCACCCGGAGCCCCACGCCAUCCUGCUGGUGCUGCCCUCCACCUCCACCUUCGGCCAGGAUGAGUGGAGGGCCAUGGAGGCCCAGCUCAGAGCGCUGCAGACGCCCAUCUGGCAGAAGGCCAUGGUCCUCUUCACCCACGGAGACCAGCUAGGAGGUCUUCCCAUCCAGCAUCACAUCAGGAAUCAGGGCCGGACUCUUCAUUGGCUGCUGGAUCGAUGUGGGAACCGGUACCAGGUCAUGACGUACCAGUCCGGGGCCUCGGAGGCUCAGGUCUCAGAGCUCUUUGAGAAGAUCCAGAAGAUGAUGGAGGCUAACAGUCGUCCCAGAGAGGUCCAGGACCGGAUGUACAGCGAGCUGAGGCGAGAGGUGAGCAUGAAGGAGACGAGGAGGACGCAGGGAGGACGAGAGGAGAUGGAAAUGACAGUGAUGCAUGAUGGGAGGCCGGCACAGAGGGAGCAGACCGCCUCAGGAUGGAACUAUCAACCCAGAGGAUUCCCAGUAGAACCAGUUGGAUUUAAGCCGGCUCUGAGCCUCAUCCUGCUGGGAAGGAGGAAGUCGGGGAAGAGCUCAGCGGGGAACAUGAUCCUGGAGAGGGAGGAGUUUCAGACGGACGUGAAGACCACCAGGUGCUCUGCAGGGUGUGGCAGAGUGUCAGGGUGGAGCGUCACCGUGGUGGACACCCCCGGGUGGAGUCUGUUCGGUCUGGCCGACCCCCAACAGGUCCGGACGGAGAUCAGCCGGAGCCCCUCCCUCUGCCCCGAGGCCAGCAAAGUCUCCUUCCUGCUGGUCGUCCCCGUCGGUUCCUUCAGGGAGAAGGACAGGAAAGCCGUGGAGACGUUCCUCGGCAUUCUGGGUAACGACGUGUGGAGGAGCACCGUGGUGUUGUUCACCUACGGGGCGGAGCUGAGAGGACGGACGGUGGAGGAACAGGUGGAGCGGAGAGGACGGCCUCUACGGUGGCUGAUGGACAGAUGUGGACAACGACAGCAGGUGUUGGACACAAACACCGGAGACAGGAGUCCAGUGGACCGGCUGCUGGAGCUCUGCUAUGCUGCUCAUCCUGGGAGAAGGGUGUAAGGACAGAGG